AUGUCAAUUUCGAUCGGCCAAAAUUUUGAGCCAACAUCUUUUGUACAUUUACAGUCAGGAGUCCAUUCAGCGCUCGCGUCUCAAUGUUCACCAAGGAAGAAGGUGACUGGCUUCUUGCAAGAGCAUCCCGGGGGCGCCCAGGCGAUUCUACGAUGUGCUGGAAGGGACGCCACUGAGGAAUUCGAUCUGAUUCAUCCUGCUGAAACACUGAAGGAUAUUGAGUCAGCAUAUCUAGGGACGUCCGAGCCACAAGAGACUGAACACCUACCCCCGAACCUCAAUCCAGAAGCCAAGAUAAACCUCAGCGAACUGCUAAACUUGGAUGAGAUCGAAGAUGCAGCAACAAAAGUGAUGAGCAAGAAGGCAUGGGCAUACUAUUAUUCUGCCUCGGACGACAAGAUAUCGAAGCUUCUUAACACACAAGCCUACCGGUCAAUUCUGCUCCGACCACGUAUAUUUGUGGACUGUCGAAAUUGUGAUCUUGACAUGACAAUCCUUGGUCACAAAGUUGGACUGCCCCUGUUUGUCAGCCCGACCGCUAUGGCACGGCUGGGGCAUUCCACAGGGGAGGCUGGAAUUGCUCAAGGAUGUCGCUCAUUCAAUGCGCUCCAGAUUAUCGCAAACAACUCCUCUGUCUCCCCUGAAGAUGUUGUUUCCGGUGCAGCACCCACACAGGUGUUCGGAUGGCAGUUAUAUGUACAGCUCAACAGAAAGUCUAGUGAGGACAUGUUAGCGCGAGUCAAUCGUCUUGAUCAAAUCAAGUUCAUUGUCUUGACUCUGGAUGCACCAGUCUCCGGGAAAAGAGAAGACGACGAGCGAGUAAACAUUCAGGCUACCUCGUCGGGAAGCAUUAGCACCCAGCUAUUUGCUGGGACAGACCCGUCUCUCACUUGGUCAGAUACUUUGAAGUGGCUAUCGAGACAUACCCAGAAGCCCGUGAUCCUCAAGGGAAUACAAACACACGAGGACGCACUUCUGGCAACUCAGUAUGCCCCCUUUAUCAAAGCGAUCGUCCUCUCAAAUCACGGAGGAAGAUCGAUCGAUACAGCACCACCGGCUGUGCACACCCUCCUAGAGAUCCACAAGUAUUGUCCCAGUGUUUUCGAUCAAGUCGAAGUAUGGGUCGACGGUGGUGUUCGCCGGGGCACAGAUGUCAUCAAGGCGCUCUGUCUUGGAGCCAAAUGUGUUGGAAUAGGAAGACCGGCUCUGUGGGGUCUAGCUGCAGGUGGCGCAGAAGGCGUUGAGCGAGCAUUGCAAAGUGAGUGA